CGUGGUCCACCAUACCAGCAUCGGCAGCUAAUAGUCAAUGAGUCAUCACAUCAUUGAUUCUCAUUAUAUUCUCGGGAAGAUCGCAAAUGGCCGUGUGGUGCUAGGUACCGGCGGGACGGCAACAAAACAAGUCGUGUUGCGCGUGUGGGCAAGUAGGAGCGUGACUCAGCUUCUAAAGUUGUUUCGCGGGAUUGUCAUUCGAGAGAUUCAGUUGGCCGAUUGGUGCAGUGAAUCAGUCCUAGUGAUCACCUAUGCAGUGUGUAGUGCCGCGGAUUUUUUAAGUUAAGAAAAUAUUUUUGUUGUGUUAAGGAUACUUACCGUUGGUAAUGUUUUGGUUAUUACUUUUCAUCGGGAUGUGUAUUCCCUGCUGGAGCGCCGAGGCGACAGCUUGUACAGAGGAUUCUCACUGCCCGGUGGACUAUUACUGCGAACUUGAGGCGUACUCCUGCCGCCAGUGCCUGAGGUGUGAGGACUUCAAGCAAGCUCCACCGCCCGCGACCACUCCGUGCGUCAAGUCAAUGGUGGAAUGCGGAGGAUGUCUUGAGCAGAAAGAUGAUGGAAAUAACUAUGGCUGUGGACCGAAAACAAAAAACAAGAUAGGAGAAUUAGAAUCGGAUGAAAUUAGACUUCCAGUGUAUGCUUGGGUUCUGCUGGUACUGAUAGUUGUAGUGAUCAUCGGUGGUGCCGUGCUCAUUUCCGUGAUCAACAAAGCGACUUACGCUGCCGUAUCCAGAUCGGAAAGUCAAAUUCCUGGAACAAAUGGAAAUUUGGAGACGUGGAGUUCACCACCUGCUUACAACGCAGUAUUUAACAUCCCUCAAGAUAUUGCAGAAGAGCCCCCUCUUUACGUGAAACCUUCAGCGCCCUCUACCGACAUCCGCGAGUCUGCGGACCGACAGGCCACUCGGCCCUUCGACCCCCCAAACUACAUUCGUGGCCCGCAACUAUCAGCCAUACCCACACCUGAUAGAUUUUCGAUCCAUGAAGAUAGAGUCACGGAAAACAGCGUCGAUGGAGUGAUCAGUCUUCGCACCCCACUUACUGACGUCGUUUCUCUGCCAACUGGUACAGUCUCAAACAUAGCCAUGGAAGAAUGUCCCAACGGAAUGAGCAGAGGUAUAUAUGAGCGUGUCGAUACUGAGGUCGGAGACGCAGCGCUGCGCACGUGCACUACGCCGGUGGUUGUCGUCAACAACAACUUGCAUGUACAGUCGGUGUCAGUAAAUGGUACUAGUGUUUUUAUACCUCAAGCCACGGUACAGCCACUGUAGCCUUGCCAACAACUUAAAUACUUUGCCUUGGUUUUUAUUAUUAGUAAUUAAGGAUUGUGUCACAGAUGACGGUUGUUUACUUUUAUGACUUGUCAAUUAUUAUUACUUGCGAACUCGGCAUAUGAAGUACUUCCCGAUACAAUUGUCUAUAAUUUUAUUAUAAAUAUCGCAUAAUUAAUCAAAUAAGUUUCAAAUGAUCAAAUACACGCUUAAUUAAAAUAAUAAUAAUUAUUGUUAAGAAACAACCAAUAUGUCUACAACAAUAAAUAUACUUACUUUUAUUUUUUUACUAGGUAUCUAUGUAUUACUAUUUCUUUUUAAUAAUUGAACAACUGUAAAAUAAAACGUGCUUCCAUAUCUACUAAUAAAACAAAUUAAUGUGCUCGAAUGCCGAAGGUGGUUUAAUGUUGCUAUUAAUUUAGGUACAAAUACGGAGCACGAAAAAACGUACUACCUAUACGAUUACGCUGAUUAGCAAACUUUGCCAGUGUCGAAAGCAUAAAAGUAUGUUCUAAUUCUAGUAGUUGAUUAAUUAUAUUACACAAAGAUAAUAAUGAUUGAUGAUAGAAUGGACAUCGAAUGUCUUUAUCACGUUGAUAUUGUCUUCAAAGUGCCUAAUCAAGUGCAUGACUUUCAUAGCAGUAUAUAAUGAGCAAAGCCUAUUUUCAUUACGAAAUUAGCUUAGCGAAAAUAGUUGUAAAUAGUUCGUUGAUUUCAUUAAAAGUUUCAGAGCAACUUCAAUCAUUCAUCUAUCAAUGACCGCUUUUUAACGUACUUAACUAUUUUCAUUUAAGUUUUAAGAAAUGUGUUAGUUUUUUAGAAUCUCUAUGUGAACUAAAUCUCAUGCAGCCUUAUGAAAAUGUACAUUUUAAUACAUAACAUUAAUUGAUCUCAUUUUUAAGAUCUAGUAUGUAGAAACUUGUAAAUAAGUUGCUCAAUAUGCAUUAUGUAAAUAUAUUAUUAGAUAGGUUGUGUUGUUGCAUAAACUGUAUAGUUACAAAUUUAAGUUUAAAAAUGCUAGUUUUAGUACAUUGGAUAUAAUUUUAUAACUGAUUUUAUGGAACAGAGUGUGAUUUUCGAUCUUCAUUUACCUUUGGUGGGUGGUGAUUUCAAGGGAUAUCAAAAUUAUCAUUUAAUAUUAUAACUAGCCAAUUGAAAACAAAUUUGUGAUAUGUAGUUUAGUUACAAGAAAUAAAAAAAUACGUUGAAA